AGAAAUUUGGGGGGGCAUUAUAGCUUUUCCUUUUUCUGCAAUUAUCACAUCCUAAAGUGAAGUCACGGUUAGUGGUCGGGAAGUACGUAAGCCCCGGGACAUUCUGAGCAGGUGCUCUGUGACUGCUACUGUUCAAGGUUUGGCCUUGCUACUUACUUCAAAAGCAGAGUGAUGAUCAGCUGAUGAUGGUAGGGGUUCAGUUUAGAAGCCUCCAUUGGAGCCAGUCCUCGAAGCGGAAGCAGCAGCAGCAGCAGCAGCAGCUCGAGCAUGUCUUCUAAGAAGGAGCUUCUCUCAACUGCCAUGAAGAGGACAAGUGAAUGGAUAUUCUCCCAGGAGAUCCCCAGUGACAUCACGGUUCAAGCUGGAGGAACUUCCUUUGCCCUGCACAAGUUUCCUCUGGUCUCAAAAUGCGGCUGCAUAAGGAAACUCGUGUCAGAAUCGAAUGAAGCAGAUCUUUCUCAGGUUGACCUCCCUGAUAUCCCUGGAGGAGCAGAGGCGUUUGAGCUUGCGGCGAAGUUUUGUUAUGGAAUAAACUUUGAGAUCAGCACCGAGAAUAUCGCGAUGCUCCGGUGCGUGGCGGAGUACUUAGAGAUGACCGAGGACUACGCUGUCGGCAAUCUCGUGGGGAGGACCGAGGCCUAUCUUAACGAGGUAGCGCUGAAGAGCCUCCCAGGUGCGAUCUCAGUACUGCACAGGACAGAGACCUUAGUCCCAGUGGCAGAGAAGGUUAAGUUGGUAAGUCGGUGCAUCGAUGCGAUUGCUUUCCUGGCUUGCAAGGAAAGCGAGCUCUCUGGGCCAGGGAGGGCGGCCGAGAUGGGUGGCUCGAACGUGAUGGUAAUGUCUCAAUCGAAGACGAUUGUGGAGUGGUGGGCCGAGGAUCUGACAGUUCUAAGGAUCGAUCUCUUCCACAGAGUGCUGACAGCAAUGAUGUCCCGAGGGUUUAAGCAAUAUGCACUCGGUCCAAUCCUGAUGCUCUAUGCACAGAAGUCUCUGAGGGGAUUGGAUGUAUUCGGAAAGGGGCGGAAGAAGAUCGAGCCAGAGCAGGAGCACGAGAAGCGGGUAGUGCUCGAGACGAUUGUAAGCCUCCUACCAAGGGAGAAGAACGCGUUGUCGGUCAGCUUCCUCUCAAUGCUGCUCAGAGCUGCAAUAUAUCUCGAGACAACAGUUGCUUGUCGGCUAGACUUAGAAAAGAGGAUGGCCUUGCAACUGGGACAGACCGUCCUGGACGAUCUCUUGAUACCAUCCUAUUCCUUCACUGGGGACACGCUGUUCGAUGUGGACACUGUGCAGAGGAUCAUGAUGAAUUACCUCGCUCACGAUAUGGAGGGGCCCCGCUUAGGAUUCAAUGCGGAUGAUGAGUUUGUAUCUCCUAGUACUACUCUGAAUGAUAUGGAGCGGGUUGGGAAGUUAAUGGAGAACUACCUCGCCGAGAUAGCUUCUGAUCGGAACUUGACGGUUGCAAAGUUCAUUCAACUUGCCGAGCUUGUCCCUGAACAGGCUCGAGUCACCGAGGAUGGGAUGUACCGAGCCAUAGACAUCUACCUCAAGGCUCAUCCUGUUCUAAGUGAUAUGGAGAGGAAGAAAGUUUGCAGCUUGAUGGACUGCCAGAAGCUAUCCAGGGAAGCGUGUGCCCAUGCCGCCCAGAAUGACCGCCUCCCAGUGCAAACUGUUGUUCAAGUCCUCUACUACGAGCAGCAACGCCUCAGAGAAGCUAUGAAUGGCACAGAAACCCCGCCUAUUCCCUCUAAACCAAGCGUGUAUCCCACUGACACCCAUCCGGCCUCGGACGAGCUCUCGAGUCUCAAGAGGGAAAAUGAGGACCUCAAGAUCGAGCUCGUGAAGAUGAAGAUGAGGUUGAGAGAGAUCGAGAGAUCAACCCUCAAGUCUAACAUUGGUAGCCCGAUGCAAAGCUCGUCCCCAUCAGCUGAUAAGCCUCCGCUGCCUCCGCUGCCUCGGAAGUCCUUCAUGAAUUCAGUUUCAAAGAAGCUGGGGAGGCUCUACCCAUUUGUUCGGGCGGAUGGGAUCUCCCCUGCCAGUGGGAGGGGAAGGACAAAGCCGCCCAAAGAUCGACGGCAUUCGAUAUCUUGACAAAAAUUCCGUACGAGCUGCUUUUAGUGCUUGUAUUAAAAUGUAUGUAUGCAUGUAUCUAUGAUCCUUUUGUGAAGGCUUGCUAGUGUCAAGAUUAUUGGUUUUAUAAGGCUUGCAAAAGGAGGAUUUCGGUGAUGCAGUUCGUUACUAAUC